AUUGCUUCACAUUCAGAUUCUGCUUGAUCUAUCGAACCCCCAAACCGAAACCAUGAAAAUCUCUCUCUUUGUGACUUCCGUAUUGGCUGUUGUCUUUGUUACGCUCAUCGCCGACAGCAAAGCGGUGAAAAAACACUCAACUAAAUACGGGAAACAAGGCGAAGAAGUUGCACAUCACGGUACCGCCGUCGGCAAACACGUUGCCCACGGUGGAUAUCAACAACAUGCUGCAAAGGGCAUGAAAGGGGCCUUCAGUGUGGGCUACCACAAUCAUAUGGAUGACCACCACGACAACUACGGACAUCAUGAACAUCAUGAGGACCACGGCAAACACAAGGACGACAUGAUGCAGAAAUACGGAGCUAUGGCAGCCCAUGCCGGCCACGCAGCUGCCGGAGGAGUUCAUAAAGUGGCAGCUGCACAUGGCGAUUUCUUCGGCGUUCGUGGAGCCCAUGCUGCUUUCGCAGGCCCUGGAGGCCCCAUGAUGGGAUUCGGUGGUGGUUUUGGUGGUGGUCAUGGUGGAUUCGGUGGGGGACACGGUGGCAACGGAGGCCACGGUGAAUAUGGCGGCGGUUACGGCGGUGGUUGGGGCGGUCACGGAGGCUAUGGUGGUUUCGGUGGCUGGGGUGGAUUUGGUGGGUAUGGACAUUAUUAG